AUGGGUGUCGACGGCGCAGUUCGCUCCUGUUGUGCUGUCAAGCCUCGAACAACUUUCGCCACUGUCACGGGCUUUUGGGGCAGCAAGCCUAGUACACUUGAGCCGGGGGAGCUGGGCGAGAGUUUCAUCUCCGGCGUGCCUCACUUUACCGAUCUGCUCGUUGAAGCAUGUGGAAGUGUCCUCAAUGGAGAUGCAGACGUAUCCGAGAUCACCGAGUUCGAAUCGACGCUGUCUUUUAAGACGGGAAUACUCACGUGGUCGUAUGUCUGGAGCCCUCCAACCUGCGCAGACGACCGGAAAUUUCGGGUAUCCUACGAAUCUUUGGCCUCGCUAGCAGAAAGACGUCUGGCAGCUGUGAAACUGGUCAUAUCCAGCGAGCAGGGCCUCGACGGCGUGUACAUUCUCGAUUCACAAGACCACAAGUCAGCUUUGCGCACGAGAACUGUCAAGACAGGUGUGAAUCAAGCCAGCAGCCAGGUCUUUUCUGCUGUUUCACCAGACACAGUCGACCAUGUCGUGGCGCAUGUGCUGUCGUCGACGCUUGGGAACGAGUUGUUGUGCCUUGAGAGCAAGGACGAAUACACGAGCGACUCUUUUUCCGCCUUCGAUAACUCGGCAACAUCGGGUUCAGCCAACUCAUCCUACGCAGACUCUGAAAGCGUUUCCUCAACGCAGCGGUAUCGGGUACAAUCCGGUUCACAGUCCGCAACGAUUUAUAAAUACGCAGCUAUUGCCUCAACAGAGCACUAUGGGUCGGACACAGAGACAGUGGUCUCGGACGUUUUGUCAUCUGCCAUAAAGCGCGGAUAUCAUGUCUUACGCCAGGAGCAUAGCGCGGAAGUAGGCAAGCUCAUGAGUGCGGACUUUGUGGCUGACUUUAGAGAUCCAGCGACAGGAUCGCUCCCAUUAGACAGCGGCGGCGACGUGGUAAAAGCUUUGCAGAUCACAGCCAUCUCCUCUGCUUACUAUCUUUACACGAGCCUCAUCCCAUGGAGCCCGAUGCGUGACGAGAGCCCAAGCACUUGCAUUGCGUGCAACUCUCUUUCCGUCGGCGGCCUGGUUUCCCAGACAUACGGAGGCAAGAUUUUCUGGGACGCUGAUCUUUUCGUGGCGCCCGCCAUCCAAGGAGUGCACCCCAAGUUGGCGAGACAGUUUGCGCUGUAUCGCAUUAAUCGGGCAGAUCAGUCUCGCAAAAACACAAAGAGGCAUAAUCUGAAAGCUGGUAGCAUGCUCUAUGCAUGGACAAGCGGUCGAUAUGGGCAAUGCUACAACAUGUCUGCACCCUGCAUCAUGUACCAGUACCACCUCAAUGCUGAUAUCGCCUUGAGCAUGACCAUGGGCAGGAACACAAGCGGCGAUAGGAAUUGGUUUGAAAAGCACGGGGCUGUGGACGUCAUCGACGGCGUAGCCGUGGGCUUAAGCGAUAUACUGACACGACGAGAGGACACGGGUGUCUGGGGGAUCGACGUGAUGGCCGAUGCCGACGAAUAUUACAUGUGGAUUGCAGACGGUUCAUUUACUAGUACUGCAGUCAGCACUCUCCUACAACUCGCCUCCGAGGCUCGUCAUGAACGGGGCAUCCCGCCCGAGACCGACUGGCUUGACCAGCUCGAGCACAUGUCAAUACCCACUUCGGAUGACGACGUUGUGCUUGAAUUCCAGGGCAUGACCAACGAUGUCUUCCCCAAACAGGCAGACGUUAUCUUGUCCCAUUAUCCCUACGACUACAAGCGGAAUUUCUCGCUCGCCAAAUAUCGAGCUGCGAUGGACUUUUACGCAGUCCGCACGGAUCCCCACGGCCCAGCCAUGACAUGGAGCAUGUAUGCCAUCACGGCCAACUCCCUGGCCACUUCCGGAUGCGCGUUCUGGACAUAUCUGGUCAAAUCGUUCCAGCCUUAUAUCCGCGGCCCUUGGUACCAGUAUUCCGAACAGCAAGACGACGAGCCCGGAGUCCUGGAUCCUCUGACCGGGAACCCCAUUAACCCGGCUUUUCCGUUCCUGACCGGCCACGGCGGCCUCCUGCAGACAUUCACGGCGGGGUUCCUCGGCUUACGCGUUACGCAGCGAAAUUUGGUGAUUAACCCGUCCCUCCCUCCGCAGCUCCAGAACUUCAAGCCACCCAUCCAGUAUUACAAUGGCGCCGUCGUCAGCUUCCGCAUGAAUCGCACGCAUACUGUUAUCACGCGCCGCGACGCGUCUCAUUUCAACGGUUUGGUGCCGGACCAGUACGGAAAGGAGGACAUGCCCAUCACCGUCGGCCGAGACGUGGACGAUCCCAACGCGCGGACGGUAUUAUUGCGCGUCAAUGACACGGUUGUAAUACAGAAUAGGCUGUAUGAUGCCGCGAUUUCUGUCCCGGGCAACAUCUUGCAAUGCCACGGCGCAACCUCAUCGCAUGGCGAGCUAGCGUUUGCAGCCACUGACGGAUACGGAGGCACCUUUUGGCAGCCCGGUACAUGCGAUGCCACGGCCGCUGUUGUAGUGGAACUGGGAGCUUCCCAGGCGCCGCGGCUUCUGGAGGCUAUCCGACUGGAUUUUGCCAUGCGGCCGCCAAAGCACGUCAAGGUUUCGGUUUCGAAUAGCUCGGAUUUCGAGUCCGAGACGGUACUAGCGGAUCAAGAUAUCCGCAUCACGAAGCCGUGGGUCCCGGACUCGCCGGCGGUGAAAUAUGUAGGAAACAUUACCACCAUCCCGCUCACCGAGCCCGUUUGGAGUGGCGCAUUUGCGAAACUCGAGGUUACAGGCUGCUGGACUGACGAUGGUGCCGGGGCAACGGUUGCCGAGUUUGGGCUCCUGGCUGCAAAUGACUGA